AUGUCAAUUGAUUUAUUUAAUAAAUUAAAUGAAUAUAAUAAUGAUCCGGAAACUAAAUUUGUUUUAUUAAGUAGUAACAAUAAUAAAUCAUUUUCCACUGGUGGUGAUUUAAAAGAGUUGGUUGAAAAAUCAAAUACAUCAGAAGGAGUCACUCCAAUACUUUCAUCAAUGUAUUCUCUUGUUGAUUUAAUUCACAAUUUUAAAAAACCAAUUAUUUCAUUAAUCAAUGGAUUUGUAAUUGGUAGUGGUGUUGGUAUAAGUAUUAAUUGUAGUCAUAAAAUUGUUAGUGAAAAUGUUAAAUGGUCAAUGCCAGAAAAUAAGGUUGGAUACUUUCCAGAUGUCGGUACUAGUUACUACCUUUCUAAAUUAGGUGCAAUUGGUUUAUAUUUGGCAAUGGUUGGAAAUUUUAUUAAUUCACCAGAUUUAUUAAAGCUUGGUCUUGUUCAAAAUCAUAUACCAUUUCAUUUAUUUAAUCAAGUUACAAAUGAUUUGUGUUUAUCACCAAAUAUAUCAAAUAAAAAUGAUAUUGAUUUUAUAUUAAAUAAAUAUAAAAGAAAUUUAAAAAUUACUAAAGAGACAUCCCAUAUUGUGAAAUAUAAUAAAAUUAUUCAAAGAUGUUUUAAUACAAAAUUUAAUUCAGUUUCAGAAAUAUUUAAUAAAUUGAAUAAAGAAUUACUUGAAAAUAAUAAUCCAAAUGAAAAAGAAUGGUUAGUUAAAACUGUUACUACUUUAAUGAAUUCAUGUCCAACUUCAAUCUGUGUUUCAUUCAAUAGUGUACAUCGUUCUUUAAAUUUAGAUUUAAAAGAAAUUUUAAUUAAUGACAAUAGAAUUGGUAAUAGAAUUUGUUCAAGAAAAGACUUAUUUCAAGGCAUCAAUGGGGCUUUAAUUGAUAAAUCUUUUAAACCAAAAUUCUCUCCCUCAUCAAUAUAUGACGUUGACCAAUCAUAUAUUGAUUCAUUAUUUUUACCAUUUGAUAAUGAAAAAAAAGAACUUUUUUAUCAUAAAAAAUUAUAUAAAUAA